AUAUAAUUGCCGUUUCGGUGACAAGUUGACACCGGCAAGAGUAAAAGAUAGGCAAAACACUUGUUACCUGGGAAACAUAUUUGCAAUUGUAUGAGCGCAGCGCCGUGCUUGUAAACGAGGCCAUAUUUAAAACUCAGGCGUUUUCUUCUAUUUGUAAAAGAAAAGAAUUCUUGACUUUAAAACCGGAAAGCAUUACACGCGAAGAAAAAGGGGAAAAGCUGAAAUAAACUCGCUGCUAUUGAUGUGAACAGGAGCAGCUGUAUUAACGAACGCGAUCUUUACACAGAAAAUCGAGGACGAGAUUCUCUUUGCUAUGUUCGUGAAGCAUGGACUAAAGAGGUUCAUUACUUUAAAGGUUUUUUGAAGCCAUCGCAUCAGUAUUUUAAUCAAGCCAAUGGGAGGGUGUUCGUCCGCUGUGUCACCUGAGGACCCAAACGCUCAGCAAAACGCAAAGACAAACUGGUGUGUGUGCUGUGGAUCAAGACAAGACUCCACAGCUGCUCUGCUGUCCAAAAAAGAACAAGAUUUGGACUGUGCACGGCCAACGAUCGAAGAGGCGAAGAAGUGGCCAACGUCGUUCGAAACUGUGCUAAAACACAAAUUUGGUCUUCAACUGUUCCAAGAUUUCCUUCGAUCCCAAUAUGGUGAGGAAAAUCUCAGUUUCUGGUUGGCUGUGGAGGAUUACAAGAAAUCGGACGAAAGCACUCGGGCAGAAAAAGCAAGACUGAUUUAUGAGGACUAUGUAUCCACUCUCUCGCCCACAGAGAUUAGUCUAGAUGCUAAAGUACGAGCAGAAAUCGAUAAAAGCAUGAGCAAUCCGGAUAAAGACACCUUUAAAUGCGCACAAGAUCAUAUAUUUACGCUAAUGUACCAUGACUGUUUUCCAAGAUUUAUCAAAUCGAAACAUUACAAACAACUUUUGAAGAAACAUUGACCCAGGCUGGUGCGCAGCGUUGACUUUUGAACAAAGACGGCGACGAAUUAACUCUUCAGUUCAAGCAUGGGAAAGCGCAGCCAUUGAAAUGUUUUACACAAGAUGCGGAUUACUAUAGAAUAAUGCGAAGUUAAUUUACAGUACAAGUGGUCAUGAAU